AUGGAGCGCUAUGAUCGUGCCAUUACAAUCUUCUCACCGGAUGGUCAUCUUUUUCAGGUGGAAUAUGCUCAAGAAGCAGUAAAGAAAGGCUCAACUGCGGUGGGUGUCAGAGGAAAAGAUUGUAUUGUGAUUGGUGUGGAGAAGAAGUCAAUUCCAGCCCUUCAAGAUGAUCGUACGAUCCGGAAGAUCCACAUGAUCGACGACCAUGUGAUGCUUGCAUUUGCUGGCCUAUCAGCAGAUGCACGUGUACUGGUUGACAGAGCGCGUAUUGAAUGCCAGUCUUAUAAGCUCACCCUAGAGGAUCCUGUGACCGUGGCGUAUAUUUCGAGGUAUAUUGCAAAUACUAAACAGCGCUUCACUCAGUCUCCCGGACGUCGACCGUUCGGUAUUUCCAUGUUGAUUGGCGGAUUUGAUUUUGAUGGGCAUCCUCGGCUUUUUAAAACGGAACCAUCAGGAGCAUACUAUGAAUAUCUUGCGAAUUCCACAGGUCGUGGUGAGAAACCGGUUCGUGAAUAUUUGGAGGAGCACUACUGUGAUGACACUAUCAAGGACGAGGCCUCCACUCUUAAACUCGUAGUCAGAGCCCUUUCUCAGGUUAUUUUGAUUUCGCACCAGUUAGUUCCUGGCGAAUGUACACAUCGAGUUCUCACUGUUGAUGAAGUUGAGGCACUAAUGAAGCAAGUGGAACAAGAGCGUGAAGCUGCCGAGAGUGAAGAAUCUUCGAAGAAGAAAUAG